AUAAGGUGAAAUUGAGGGUCCUCCACUUCCAUAGAAUAAAAAAAAAGAAAGAAAUAGCACUCUCCUCCUGUUCAAUUGAAUCCCACCCUAUUUCCUAGCCAAAUUCCAAACUUGAAAACUCCAAAGAAACUUACCUCGGAAGCAUCAACCGAACCAAAAGAUUGGUCAUCAACCGUAGGUCGGUUAAGAUUAGUGCGAAGAUAAAGGGAAACUUUAAAAAUUCCAUAGCAGUACCAGAUCUUACUACUUGCUUGAUAUUUCCAGUGAAAAGGAUAACAAAGACAGAGAGAAAAGAAACCACUGAAACACAUAUAUAUGUUAUGAUGUUUGGUGGAGGAGGUAAAGGCAUGGGAGGUGGUGCAAGAGGAGCCAACAUGUUGAGAGCAGUAGUUGGAAGAACAGCAGUUUCCGGGACUGGUAACCCUACUUCAAGUUUGCAAGAAACACUGCCUUCAUCUACAUCUUCUGCUUCUCGGAGGCAUAGUAAUAAUAAUAGUAAUGGUUAUCUUUCUGUUUCUGCGAGUUCUUCUUUGGGUUCUUAUAGCAAUAACAGUGGUGUGCCCAUUAGUGCUAAUUCUGGGUUGCCGAGUAACUGGUUUGUGUCGCCUGCUUCCUCUGCUACUCCUUGUUUUGAUGACUUUGAAUGGGUGUCUGUGGACGCCAUUGAAGAGGAUAAUAAGCAGCAGCCGCAUGAUUUUGAUUUUGUUUUAGGACCUGUUCCUUCUAUUGCUGAAGUCCAAAAUGCGAUCUCUGCUCUUCAAAGGGUUUCCGGAGUAAGCUCGUGUCCGCCGCUUACCAGGGAUAGGUUCUUUCAUAAUGCUGGCAGGGAAAUAGCUUAUCCGAGCCCAAGUAGUGGCUCGAUGCACAGGGUUCAUUCUGUUGGGUCUGAGUUGGAUUGGAUGGAGCCUUCUAUGCAACUUUAUAACACACGAGCAUUUCAACCUUAUGUGUCAAACAGCGUUUACGAUGCUUUCCAUUUGUUGCAGACAGAUCCAGCGAUUCAGAAAAUGGUACUUUCAUUAUCUUCCGAUGAAGCUGUUUGGAAUGCUGUUUUGAACAAUGAGGUGGUGAGGGAGCUGAGAGAGACAUAUUAUGCAGCUGAAGACAGUAGUCCAAUGAGUUUUGAUGAGAGUUCAGUUGAGGAUUCCGAUCAAUCAGACAAGACAACGAAUAUAGUGGAGUGGAUUUUUUACAACACUAAAGAAAAGGUCCUGGAUUUAUUCGAGAAACUAACAAAGCUCGUCAACGAGUUGUUUAAGCUGCCUGUGGAUAACGAUACGAGAACACCAGGAACUCCAGACCCAUUUGAUCAAAGGCUAAGAACCUCAUUCUUGCUAUCUGUUCUAGUCUUGUUGAUUGUGGUUGCGAGUCGAGCUAAAAUUACUUGAAUUCGACGACAUGACGGAUUGUGUUUAGCUUAAUAUGUUUUAAGAUAAUAUAUAUGGAUAUUAGGACAUAUUUAAGCAUUAUGUUAUUGUUUCAAAGGCAUUUUAUUAUAGUUCAUGAUUGUUAA